CAAGCAGUCUUUCGUGAACGACGCGCCGACUCGCAUCAACGAUUUCGCUCCGUCUGCUCUUGAGACUAAAAGAAACUGAAAGAGAAGAUUCGAAAACCAAGCGACAAGAUUUAUUAAUAAACAAAAUCGACAACAGCCAACUCAAAAAGACGUAGUGUUUUCUGUGCAAUUAUUAGGAUUCUAAAGAAUCAAGUGAUUUAAUUGUCACGGAUCAACGCAUCAACGAAAAUGUAUAGUGUACAUGUGACACCGGGAAGAUCCACGGAUCGAAAGAAAAACUCUGACGACAUGGGCAACGAAAUCAGAGCGUAUGAGGGACGAAGAAAGGAAUCGAUUUCCGUGAAAUUGAUAAAUUACAUUCGUUCGCAGUUUCAGCCAGAUGUUGUAUCAGAAGGAGAGCUUGAAGGACUCGGGGGCGUUUUAGGGAGCUCCGGGGGUGCCGCGCUUGCCCUUAGCGGCCGACACAAGCCGGAGGAACUUGCCACCCUCGCGGCCACCACCAGGUUUUCCCGGAAGGAGAUCCAGUUGAUCUAUCGGGGCUUCAAGCAGGAAUGCCCGAGCGGUCUGGUCGACGAAGAUGCCUUCAAGCAGAUCUUCUCGCAAUUCUUUCCGCAGGGAGAUGCAAGUCAGUAUGCUCACUAUGUUUUCAACACCAUGAAGAGGAAACCGUCCGGCAAGAUAAGCUUCGAGGAAUUCCUCACUAUACUAUCGAAGGUGUCGAGAGGGUCGGUGGAGGAGAAGCUACAAUGGGUGUUUGGCCUGUAUGAUCUGGACGGUGAUGGUCUAAUAAGCAAGGAGGAAAUGCUGGACGUUGUCGGCUCCAUUUACGAGAUGCUGGGUCGUUAUACGCAACCGCAAAUCCUUGAGCCGCACGUGGCCGCCCGCGAACACGUCGAUCGCAUCUUCCACUUGAUGGACGCGAAUAAGGACGGUGUGGUGACCAUCGAAGAGCUGGUGCAGUGGUGCUCCAAGGACGAGCAAUUAUUGCGAAGUCUCGAUACUUUGGAUACCGUAUUAUGAGAUCUUUAUCAGCGAUUUCAAAUUAUCAAUUAUCAAUUACGCUUUAAGCAAUGACUAUAAAAUAUCGUGAACUUUUCCAUCAAUCUAUCCUCCUCUCUUCAUACAGAUAAGAGGAAUAUACAAAUUCUCAAUAAUUUAAUGAUUACACGUAAGAAAAUGAUUGAAAAAAUAUUUGAAAAACUCUUUUGAAAGACAGAAAAUGCAAAUUAAAUCAGGGUAUGCAUUAUGAAAUUGCAUGUAUUAUGAAACUUUUUGGAGUGGAUUCCAAAAGAAUUAUUCAAUUAUUUUCAAAAUUUUUAUGUGUUUUUUUAAGGAAAACAAUAGAAAUCUAGGAAAUAAUUAAACGAUUUUAACUGGAAUCUAUUCUGAAUAAUUUUAUAAUACAUAUCUUAUUUGCAAAUCGCGAGCUUAUAAUUUACAAGCACAAAGUGCAAUAAUUCAAUGUUUGUGAGAAGAGAAAUUCAAGCGACCAACCAAAGUAUCGAUGCUCGAGACGUGUCUUUAAAAAGAGACCCUGGACCCUUUCGCACAUGUCUUGUAAAUAUGUAUGUACCUCGUUUACACACCUACCCAGUCUUUCAGUACAACUUCAAGUACACUUCCAAAACGUCACUCAACGAUCAAGGAUCUGAAAGAAUCGACGAUUUAAGUUGCUUUCGAAAUUUCUUAAAACUCCGCAGCUUUGAAAUGUUUGAAAAGUUGAAAUUAUAUUAAAAAGUAUCUCCAAUUAUUGAUAUAUGCAAAAUUGUUAUUCAUUAAUUAUCAAUAAAGUAAAUCGUCGGUCUGUUCAGAUACUCAAUCUCUUUCUUAAAAAAGACGAAUUAAAAGUAAUCGAUACAAAUUUGAUCUGCGAUGACAGAAAGGAUAUUUAUAAUUUAAUUAAAGUUGAAAAUCAAUUUUAACUCAAUUUCCUUAUUAAUUCCCAGAAAAUGUAACGUUUUUCUUCUUAGAAAUUUUUCGGUUAACUCUUAUAUUUUUAGAGGAUUGCUAUGUAGUGUUGCGAAGUAUUUAAACUUCGAAAUCUUUAAUGAUAUGCAUUAAUCAAUUGAUUCUUUAAAGGCGCAAGUUUGCCCUAGCUUUUUAAGAUUUCUAAAUUUUAUCUUUCAAUCUUAUCUAUGUAUUAUCGUGAAUACCAAAUUUGGACUUUUAAAAUAUCGAUUACAAAACAGUACUCCUCUCAGGCCAAGCGAGAAAAACCAAUGUUCUCUUGUUAUUACUUGGCCUAUACCUCGUGUGAUUAUCCUGUACCUUAUUAUUAUAUAAUAUUAAUGAUAUAUAUUGAUACAUAGAAUUAUAUUAUCAGAGUUAAGGUAUCUCGUUGUCUGCCAUACGUGCCAUGUCAAAAGGAAUAUUUCUCGCAUUUUCUUGAAUCUUUUAAUAUUAUUACAUUUCUUGUUUUUUAAAUUUCUUUAAAAGAAAGAAUUUUCUUUUAAGAUUUAUAAAAUUCUUUUAUACCUUAUUGAAAUCUUAAAUCUUUAUAUGAUAUCAAUUAUUCGCAAAAGUUUUUCAUUUCUGGAACGCUCCAGUCGCAUGGGAUUUUUAAUUAUUAAGCAUUCUUUGAUUUAUAGAUAUUUUGUGUUCAACUUCUAAAGAAGAAUAUCUUUUUGUAUAAUUCUAUUCCGAUCUUCAUGGCAGAUAAAGUGUUAGUACUUAUUACAAUCGUUCUCAAAUUGUUGAAGUUUAAGAAUUUAAUCCCUCUUAUUGAAACGAGCUAUAUUAUGUAUAUAUACAUUAUAUGCAUAUAUGUAUAUAUACAUAUAUAAAAUCGACUGUUAAAAGCAUUCUCUGAAUUUAUUCUCGUUCGCAAAUAUAAUUGCGAUUUUUUCGCCGUUGUAAACGCAAAAUGCGCCUUUUGCGUGUUUAACAAGAUUAGCGUGUAGCAUGUACAUACGUGUAUGCAUUUUUGUUAAAACGUAUGUACACUCGUGCAUACCUGUGAAAAAAUAAAUUUACCUUUGUACCACGAA